AUGCAUUUCAAAUUUUUAUUGGUAAUUUUCACACAGUGUUGCUGCCAAGAUUCCAAAGACCAAGAAGAGCCAUCUCUCCAGCAUGCAAUUCCUACAGAUAGCCAAAAUAAACACCUUCGAAGUUUUGAUCAAAGUCUUCAAAACCUCAAUGGCUCUUUUUCAGGUGACGAAAACUCUGCCAACCUCGUUUUAUCCGAAAAAGAAAUUGCAGAUUCUCCUAAAUUAAACAUAAAAAAAUUUUUAAAAACAAACAAAAAUUACCAUUUUAAAUUAAAAAAAAAAAUAAAUAAAUUUAACAUACAAAUUCUCGAAAGUCUUGGGUCAACUCCAGGAACCGUCAUCAAUAUCAAUGCUGGAGGUUGUAUUAAUUCUCUGCGCAAAAAGCAAGACUCUCAUACCUAUAUAGGAUCUGCUUUAGAAGAUUCCACAGGCGUUUUAAACGAUCUUGCAAUCCUUGAAGAAGAAAAAGGAAUGGGGAAAAUGCAUCUAGUAAUUACAUUUAACCCUACAGUUAAAAAAUACAGCAUCAAAGAUCUUGGACAAGGCACCGGAACUUUUGUAAGAAUUGACAAUCCUUUGAAGCUGAAAGAAAAUUACAUAAUCUCUUUUGGGGAAUCCCAUAUGGCAAUCCAAUUUUUAGACCCCACAGAGGAUAGUAUUGUCCUUAAAUUUUUAGAAGGGCCAAAGCAAGGAGAAACUUAUACUUUUAGUAAAGAAGACCCAGCUGUAUUAAUAGGAAGAAUGGUAGACUGCAGGAUAAGAUUUGACGAUUUUAAUAUGUCAAGGUACCAGUGCAAAAUACAGCAUGAUAAUGAAAAAGGGUGGAUGCUGAUGGAUGGAGAUGGAGGGAAAAAUUCCACAAAUGGGACCUGGAUUUUUGUGGAAGAAGAUUUUGAGAUCCAUGAUAAAAUGGUGUUUAAGGCUGGGAAAACCCUUUUUCAAGCUACUUUGAUAGACUAA